GGCCAGUCAGCGCUCACACACUGAUAAAACGAUGCAACACCGCCGCCGCUCCGCACAGUCGCUGCCGCUGACCAGGUGUUGGACUAAACAACAGGGACGUCGUUAACGUGACAGAAGAUACAAACUUGUAUGUAUGUGCUGUGCGCCCUUCUCCCUGGUCCCGUACACAGACGAUCGAGAAGAUGCUGAGCCGACUGAUGAGCAGCAGCAUCAGGAGUCUGGACAGGGAAUGCAACUGCACUGUGAGGCUGCUGGACGACUCGGAGUACACCUGCACGAUUCAGCGGGAUGCCAAGGGACAGUACCUGUUUGACCUCAUCUGCCACCAUCUCAACCUGCUGGAGAAAGACUACUUUGGCAUUCGAUAUGUUGACCCAGACAAGCAGAGGCACUGGUUGGAGUUUACAAAGUCAAUUGCCAAACAAAUUAAAUCCCAGCCUCCAUUCACCAUGUGUCUGCGUGUCAAGUUUUACCCUCCUGACCCCGCUGCCCUGAAAGAGGAAAUCACCAGAUAUCUCGUCUUCCUGCAGGUAAAGAGGGAUCUCUACCAUGGUCGCCUCCUGUGUAAGACAUCAGAUGCUGCUCUGUUGGCUGCCUACAUAUUACAAGCUGAAAUUGGCGACCAUGACCCCGGAAAACACCCAGAGGGCUACAGCUCCAAGUUCCAGUUCUUCCCCAAGCACUCUGAGAAGUUGGAGCGGCGGAUUGCUGACAUCCACAAGACUGAGCUGAUAGGUCAGAGUCCUGAAACGUCAGAGCUCAACUUCCUCCAGAAGGCUCAGAUGCUGGAGACAUAUGGAGUGGACCCUCAUCCAUGCAAGGAUGUGUCUGGCAACCCAGCUUUUCUGGCUUUCACUCCUUUUGGAUUCACUGUGCUACAAGGAAACAGAAGGGUCCAUUUCCUCAAAUGGGAGGAGGUGACUAAACUCAAGUUUGAAGCAAAGACAUUCCAUAUAUAUGCAAAUCAGAGGGAGGAUAAGAAGAUCAUACUGACAUACUUUGCACCUACACCUGAAGCCUGUAAGCAUCUGUGGAAGUGUGGAGUUGAGAAUCAGGCCUUUUACAAGUUGGAAAAGUCGAGUCAAGUCCGCACUGUGUCUAGUAGUAAUCUUUUCUUCAAGGGUAGUCGCUUUAGAUACAGUGGAAAGGUUGCAAAAGAAGUGAUGGAACAAAGUGCCAAAAUUAAAAGAGACCCCCCUGAGAUACACAGGGCUGGCAUGGUGCCAAGUAGGAGCUGUCCAUCCAUCACCCACGGCCCUCGUCUGACCAGUGUGCCCAGGACCCGACGGAGAGCUGUGCACAUCUCCAUAAUGGAGGGUCUGGAGUCCCUUCGAGACAGUGCUCACUCCACGCCUGUGCGCUCCGUCUCCCAUGGCGAUUCCUUCAUGUCUUCUCGGGGCCAUAUGGUGGACGGCAGUGAGGCAAGCACGUCAGCGGUCAUCUCUGACGAGGCCUACAGCCCCUCAGACAGCGUGCUGCCCACACCCGUGGCCGAACACGGGAUGGAGAUGCCUGCUCGUCACCUCAACGGUGCUCCGUGCAGCAUCGAUGACGAGUCAUCAGAGGCGGGCACGUCAAAGGAGGGGCGCGUGGCGGAGUUUUCUUCAGGCAGGAGAGGACUGCGAAUGGUCAGGAGCAAGUCGUCACCACCGAGCGACGUAGAGGAGCUGAACAAGUUCAUCCUAAGUGUGCUGCGUCUGUUCCUGGUUACCAUCGGACUGCUGUUCGCCCUGCUGCUGCUACUCAUCAUGCUGACAGAGUCAGACCUGGACAUUGCCUUCCUGAGAGACAUCCGCAAGACACCUGAAUUCCAGCAGUUCCACUUUGAAUACUUCUGCCCUCUGCGGCGCUGGUUCGCCUGUAAGUUACGAUGGAUGGGAGGAUUCCUCAUCAGCAAGUGAAUUGAGACUGAAUGAGACAACACAGGCCUCCACUGAUGGACAAGGGACACAUACAACAGACCUAUUCCCAAAAUCAGCUCAGCUUCUCCCAGGAAGGAGUUCCUGUCACAAGCCACGGACUGUCCCCUGAACAGCCUUGUUUAUUAUGUUCGACCAUCACUGCGAGGAAAGGAAAUCACACUUUACUUUGGAAAUUCAGGUCAUUUCAAGGUAUUUUAUUUUUACACAAAGCCACAGUAACAGCGUUUAAUUUAACACUGAAAGAGACAAGCAAGACUUUUUCAACCACAGAUAAUAGUUGCCUUUAUUUUUGUAUUAAUUUAUAUGUUGCAACAUUAUUGUAAGACAGAAUGACCUGAUGUGUUGGGGAUGUGUGUCAUGUGACCUGAAAGUUUGAGUAAAGUUUUGAGAGAAAAUGAGAUGGGAGCCAGUCUAGCUCUUGCUCAAUUUGUUUUUUAUUUCAAAUCUAACAUCAACAUUCAUGAGGCUAAAAUGUUACUAUGAUCACUGCUGUGAGGUUUAAGACUGCUUUUUUGAGUUGUACUAGUAUCAGGGGGUUAGAGAAAGUGUGGAAUGGAAAAACUAAGCAGCACUUAUUGAAUGAAUUCAGUCCUGAGUCAAAUAAUAUUUGCAAUUAUUAGACUUUGUUUCAUUACAUUUUAGCCAUAUGGGGAAUUUGCCAUGUAGGGUUGGGCAAUAUAGCUAAAAUCUUCUAUCACGAUAUAGGUAAUUCCAUAUCUCAAUAAGAGUAUUUAUCUCGGUAUAGCAUGUUUUCUGGUAAACCAACAAAUAAAUGGUCAAUAUAUAGAAAUCACAUGGUAAAACCAAUUUUUGUAUACCUUAUAAUCCAAGUCCAACAGCGCCUCUAUUGUUCACCCCAGCUCUAUUAUCACCAUAGACUAUAUAAAAAUAAUUAACGUAGUCAUGGUGACAUCAUGCAUUGGUUUGUGGACUGGUGUAUAAGCAGAACAGAUCGAGAGCUAAUAUGAUGCUACUUCAUUAGCUAACACCAAUGCUAGCUACCUAGCUUAAUGAGCAAAAGACAAUCGUUCUUCUAAAUGAACAACUAUCUCCUUUGAGUGUCUUAUAGUCGAACUGAAGACCAAACAAGACAUUUUUAAGUGACCAAAAUUGUUUGGGACCAGUGCAUGUGCAGAACAGAUUGAGAGUCGGAAUGACACUACAUCAUCAGCUAAUACUAGCCCUAGCUAGCUAACUUGGUUAGCAAGGGACUCCCAUCAUUUAAAAUGAACAGCUGACUCCUUCAAAUGUCUUUUAGUCCAGCAGACACAAGACAUUUUUAAUCAACCAAAAUGUUUCAGUUAACUUUGAGGAGGUGAAAACACUGUGAAAGGGUCAAAUUCGAACAUGAAAACACACAGUGCACUGUGGUAGCAACCUGUCAAUCAUAAGGUAGCCCCGCCCUAAAGCAUACCCUGCUUUAUUGUUUAUUUUACUCUACAUGGGACCAUAAUUUACAAAAUUAAUAUCAUCCUGUAUUAAAGAAGACUUAAUUCACUAGUGAUUGAGACAAUUAACUUAUUAUGAGAAUGUUCCCUGACGUAAUAAAUCAAGUAAAAAGUAGGCUCAUUUACCUAUUGACUUCCAUACAAAUGGACUUCUUUUUGCAACUAGUGGAGUUGCCCCCCUGCUGGCAAUUACAUAGAAUGCAGGUUAAAGGCACUUCUGCAGUGGUUUCACUCAUCAGGCCAAGAGGUCAUUGCUCAGUUCUCACAUGUAAGAGCAAAGCGUCUUCCUAAUGACAUAAAUAUUGCUGUACUACAGUUCAGUAAGUUAUAGAAACUAUAUAGAAAACCAUAAACAUUUUUUAAACAGACAUUUUUCAAUCAUAUUUAUUGUCAUAUCGCCCAGACCUAUUGCCAUUAAGAGUGAUUAGUGAGUGUUAAAACAGUGACUUUAAAGUAUAGUAACAUUAAUUUAUAUACAACCUAACAUGUGCUAUCGUGAAUUGAAACAAAUACUAAUAAUUGGUUGCAAUAGCUAAUUGGCCUAGGUGUGAUGUUGGUCCUGCCCUUUCCGAUGGCUUGAAUGAUCAUCUUUGUAACGAGUGUGACUUAGUUUGUGGUAAGACGUCCAUUAACAGUGUGCUCAUGUUACCAUUGUUGUCCAGCUGCUAGAGCACCACUAAAGUAUUAUCGUCCAGUGACUAUAAAUUAUGGAUAAAUUGUAAGGACAAGUAAGUAAUGGAGGUGGUAGGUUUACUGAUUUUAUGAAAUAGCAGACAAAUAAUUCUAAUAGCUACAAUCAACUUCUGUGUGUAAGGAGCAGUUGUCACUUUGCCGUAGUUACUUUUACAGUAGUUGUAAAGGUGAUGGGACUGUGAGCUAGCCCUGUAGUGAUAGUAAAGUGUUUGGUUAGUUCUUUGACUCCCACACUCUGUAGAAGGAGUUUAUGUUGAUGUGCAAUACUGUUAAUAUUUUAAAACAAAACAAGAUAUAUUUUCCAUUAAGGGAAAUCUGACCUUGUUUUACCUUUGUAAAGUGCAAAGAUUAGUGGUAUUUUCCCACAGUAGACAGUUAAGAUAGCUUGUUUUUAGUUCAUGUUGAGUGAAGGUCAUAUAACUUUGUUUGGCCCUGCUGUGUUCAAAUUUAUGCAUCUACCUGUAAAGGCUGAAUAUAUUUUAAUCAUGUUUCCAUUUUUGUACAAACUGAUGUCUUGUUAACGCACAGAGAUUUCCUCACAGUGACUUUUAAAAGGACUUGAAGCGUUAUUUUUUACAGUAUGGUUUUCAACCCUGCUUACAAGAGAGCCUAAGAUAAGUCAUGUUUACGUUUUCAUCAUCGCACCUACCAAAGAAACCUCUGUUGUCAGUUUGCAUCAUCAGAUGAAAACUCUGAUAGUCUGCUCUCCUUCUCCAGCCUUAUUAUAUAGAUGUUAUUUCACAGAUUAGCCUGCAGUGCAUCUUUUAAAACCAUGUAGUCAGUUUGUGACAGUUAAAAAAUGGUCUCUUCAACAAGCCUACAACUGGUUGAUUUAGAUAUAUACCAUAUGUAGGUGUAAAUAUAGGCUGAUCAGCAAGUUUAAACCAUUAUACCUAAAAUAAAUGGAUGUAUUAUUUAUGCAACAAGAGGAAUGGUUUAGAGCACUGAUUGGCUGAGGGGUUCAGGAUGGGAAGUUGGUAAAGUUACUUUAUUGAAAUUCAAAUAUAACCCAAAAAAUCCACAGGUUGAAAGUUAAAACGAUACUUUGAAAAUCCCUCCAGUAUUAAAUACCUGGCUUUUAAUUUUGACUUUAUUUUUAAACAAUAUUGACAUUUAAAACUUCAUAAUAACCAGAAGUAUUAAAAUGUUUCCUUUAAGAGUUGGAUGAGAAAUAUUGAGUGAUAUAUUUAUAUUUAAUAUAACUGAUAUUUUGUGGUUGGUUUUCAGACUAAAUGACUUAUGUUUUUUGCUUUAACUAAUGGUGUUUGCUGGAUUUUGAUUGUGUUUGUUCAAAGGCCAGUCAAGGCAGAAAAUGUGCUUUUUACUUUCUAUAAUUUGUACUUUAAAGUCUCAUUUUAUGUUCAUUGGUAUGAAAAACUUAACAUAAUUUGAGCAAUAAAUAUAACAGAUAAUGUAAUGAAUAUUAAUAACUGUAAACUGAAAACAACUGUUUGUCCGUCUGUCAGACAUUCAGAAUGUCUUUUGAAUCCCGUCAGAAGGUCAAACUGCCUGCAGUGCAUGUGUGAACGGACGGCACCCACGUUUUCUGAUCACCCAGUGGUAGGUGACAUUAUCAUGUAAAUCCUGUUUGAUUGUUGCCUAAUGCUAGACUGCUCUUCAUUGAC